AAGAAGGACUACUGCCAGCUAACAGCAAACAGGUUUAAACCAUGGUUACAGGAGUUGGAUGUGUUGCAAUUUCUGACGGAAAUAGUUUCGGUUUUUCAUUUAGCACCUUGGUAUAGUUUAUGUUGGAUGGAAAGGAAGUGAAAAACUGUGAAGUAACAGGUCUUCCCUGAUUGAUCAGGUUGUCAGAGCUUCCUUCAACAAUCUGUUUUCCAAUAUUAGUGCAAACUUUCAUGUUCAUCAUGGCAUUUUCAAAAUUAAAAUCUAAGCUGUAGCUAUUUUUAGUCAAGUUACGUAUCUAUUACCAGACUAAAGUUUCUCUAUUAAAAUUGUAUUAGUCAGAGAACUAAAAAGUGUGAAGUUUAUUCUCCUUUCACAUAUAUUCAUGUAUCACAGAGCUAGCUAUGACAGUUGAAAGGACCAAUUGAACACAGCUCUUUCUGCAAUGCAGAUUAAAGUUCAAAAAACUUGUGAGUGUUUCAAAAGAGUAUGAAAGCACAUGAGAGAAAAUGAGAGAAAAGCUCACGGAAAAUAUUGCUGUAAAAGACUAAGUCAAAAAAAAGAAGUUUCAAAACUGUCACUAUGAAGACUUACUCUGUGAAAGUAAAAAGCUGAUGACAUUUUACUUUAUGAUUUUAUUUGUUGGCUGCUAAAUAGUUUCCAGACUGUCUUAUAAAAUCAUUAUCAUCUUUAUAUCUACUUUCUUUUUGGUUUUAAAAUCAGGUACUAAGUCAUAGAACCAAAAGCACUGUAAAAUACCUUUUAUACAUUUUUAAAGUAGUUAUAGUUAGUUGUAUCCUUAGCUUACUUUCCUGAAAUUGUGCUGAUUUAUGUUAUCCAAAGGUCUGAUUGUUGUUAUAUACAUAUUGUUUCAAAUCUGUGAUGAGGAAAAAAAUGAGAUGAGACAGUAAAACACUCCAGGGUUUCUUUGCUUCACCUCUGCAAUGAAAAUAUGCAAGACAGCCAGCUCUGUGUAAUCCCUCCCUCCUUUUUAGUGUAACCUGUUUGUUUUAUGUCUAACGUGAUCCCUCUUGUUGCAAUUGGAACCUUUUGCAUUAGGAGUCGUCCUGGGUAAAAAACCCAAAAGAUAGCUGUCACCAAGCAAAUUUCUGAAGAUGAAAAGGGUGAUAUGAAAAUAAAAGAAUUCCUGAGGGAAUGACUUUUUCCCACUGUUAUCAAACUAAGUUUAUUUAGAAGUAUAGUGAAUUAUUGAACAGUACUUAGCAGAUAAACUGUCCAUGUAAUUAACAAAGGCAAGCAUUCAUUUACGCAGGAAGAGGUCUCAAACAGGAAAUAUGCCUGUCAGAAACCCCUGGUGGAACCACAGUUCCAAUGUAUCAACGUUUGGCUAACAAGCCAACUCAACUAACGGCAUGAUGGCUUAUUUAGAAGUGAAUACAUACACUCACUUUGCGGUAAUGGAACUACAAAAUGUUUCAUGUCUUGAAAGUUUUCCUUAUUCUCCCCAUGAAGGGGAUGGUAGCACAGAAAAAAAUAGCACUCAAAUGGGGACAUUUCUCAUAAAACCAAUAUAGAAUCAUGUCUUUUGCCUUGUCUAUUUUCCUCCACACCAUAUUUUGUAAUUUUUUUUUGUGGGAUGUAAUUUUUUUUCUUUUUUUCUGUGUGUGUGUCUUUUGAGGUCUUUGCAGAAUAUCAACCUUUCAGUUUUAGCUCUUUGCACGCCCUCAUUCUCAAACCAGGCAGCGAGGUGGGGAGGAAGCCGUAGCAGAGAUCAAAGUUGGUAUACUCAGCCCAAUAUACUCGUUCGUAGCACUCCGUCCUACCUCCACCACACUCCUUGGAAAAGUCCUACAAUGGGCGCUCACCAGAAAGGCGGAGGAGGAGGCGUUUCAGCUGAAGACAACGGAAGACAAUCACCUCCUUACAGCUUUUCUUCCCCUGGAAGGUUGUGAGAAGGAAGGCACACGCACACACCCACACCCCCCUCUCCGUCUCCUAGAAGUUGAUCAUCACUCGCUCUGCUGGCGGGGCGCGCCUCUGGGUUUCCGAGGGCUGGGUGGCAGCACAGCCCCCUCGCCAAGCCGGGCGAGCUGCCUUGCUGCCGCAGCCAGAAGGUUUUUCAAAUUGAAAUAUCUAUGCAUUCACCUGCUGAGAGAGAUAACUCUCUGUUUCAGUGAUGACUAAAACUCAGAAGAGUUGUAAGUUCAAGUUGCAGCUCUCUGGAGUUUCGAAGACUCCCUCUCCUUCCACUUUCCACCUGGCAAGACUUGCAUACAGGCUCAAAGUUACCCAUCAACAUAUCCAAUCUGCAACAUUGUGCUGUUCUCACUGAAGACAAGGGAAGUUUCCACUGGCUGUUUCCACAAGGUCCAGUCUUGCAAAGUCGUUCUCUUUGUGGAGAAAAAAAAAGCACUGUCCUAUCCUGUGAAGUGAGAAGUAACUCAAGAAAAUGACUCUGAUGAUUUUUUUGGUAAUGUUUGUCAUGGAAUCUGCCACUGAAAAGCUGUGCCCCCUUCGUGCCUCCAUUGAUGUUCUAGAAGGGGAAUAUUUUUUCCUUUGUUACCUUGAGUCAAGGCAAGAACAUUUUCAGGAAGAAGCAUACACAAUAAACUGGUACAAAGAAAGUGCUGGAAAGCGGCAACUGGUAAAGGAAACACACAGAAUUGUUUCACAAAUGAAUUUUCUGGAGUUUUGGCCAGCUGAACUCAGUGACUCUGGGAAUUACUCUGUCAUUCACAGCAAUGGAAAACAAAAUUUAACAAUUCAAAAAUGGACCUUGAAUGUACUUGAAAGAAAUAAAAGUAGCUGUUUCAACAAAAAUCAUUUGACUACAGAAAUUAAAAGUGCUGGAACUGGUCAUUCACUGAAAUGCAGUGAUUUGUCCAUCUAUGAAAAUGAGAGCAUAACAUGGUACAAGGACUGCAAGAACUAUGAACAUGAAACAGAGAGGGAACUAAAUUUUAGAACCCUAACAGUACAGCACUCUGGGAUAUAUACCUGUAAAAUUUUAAUCAGUCAUGAAGGAAGGAUAUACCACAGCACAAAUACAAUUAAACUUGUAGUAGAAGAAGAUGCAGCAGAGGCUGUAACUUUGGAGAUAGUUGGACAUCAUGAAGAAAUUGAAACAGAAAUAGGUAAAGAAGAGAUACUCAAUUGCACAGGUUUCUUGGGUUAUUAUAUGCAAGAAGAUGCCAGCCUCUACUGGUUAAUUAACCAAACGUUUCCUGAACAAUGCACAGGUAUCCCUGAGAAUGAACCUUCAAUAUGUGAAGAAGAGUUCAAAAAAUUACAGUUGGGAAACAAGUUCUAUGUCACAAGGCUACUACGGAUUAAAAAAGUAAGAGAUGAGGACAUGCAUCAUAAUUUCACCUGCAUGUUGCAAGCUGAUGAAAGCACACAGAUAAAAAUAGUAAAAUUGAAGAAAGGGAAGACCCAAGACCUACCUGUGCACAUAUUUACCACUGGAAUGGUCCUUGCUUUGCUAUUUCCGUUUGUUGUUGUAGCUGUGGUGUUUGUGUUUGUGAUGUUUAGGGUCGACUUUGUUCUAUUUUACAGAGAUACAUGCAGAAGAGAUGAUACUGCUGGAGAUGGAAAAGAAUAUGAUGCAUUUGUGUCUUACCUGAAAGACUGUGCUUCUCCCAUUGAAGAAGAGAGAGAAUUUGCUUUGAAGAUAUUGCCCAUGAUAUUAGAAGAAAACUUUGGGUACAAGUUAUGUAUAUUUGAGAGGGAUGUAUUCCCUGGAGGAGCGUUUGUUGAUGAUAUCAAUUCAUUCAUUGAUAAAAGCAGAAGAUUAAUCAUUAUACUGAGCCAGAACUACGUUUCUGACAGAGCCAUAUAUGAACUUGAGAGUGGACUGCAUAAAGCCCUAGUUGAAAGAAAAACUAAGAUCAUAUUAAUUGAAUAUAUGCCUGUAAGUGACUACAAUUUCUUGCCAGAAUCACUGUCACUUUUACCAUCAAAGAGGGUGGUGAAGUGGAAAAAAGAUAAAUCUCUUCCUGUGAAUUCCAGAUUUUGGAAAAACCUUCGGUACCUCAUGCCGGCAAAGCCUAUCAAGAUAAAGACCAAAGGGCACUGUAAUAAUCUUGGCUUAGGCUCAGAAGCUGCUCAACCACAGACUGAGGGCUGUGACUUUAACACAGUUGUAUAACAAUUCUGGAGACAGAAGAUGUAGCAGAAAACUGUAUGUUUUGCUAACUAAUAGAACCAAAUAAACUAAUAUUUUGGGAAAUAGUGUUGAUUAAGAGGCCAGCUCUGAGAUCUGAGAAGAACACAGAAGUUGCUGCAGUGGCCAGGAUGAUGUUAACCCCAAUCAUUAAAUCUUAUUCCAGAGAAGGUUUCCUCAGCAAUCUACAUAAGGAGCAGAAGUUUCAUUCUGCUUAGGACUUACCAUGUGGCAUGAAGCACAAUGAAAAAUAUUUUUAUUUCACAGUUUUCAGUAAUGUAGAAUGCUACUUGUUUUACUUGCAUAUACUUUUUGAGGCUCUUCAACAAAUAAACCAGUACUUACAAUCUCCUAUUGUUAGUUAGAUGCUCUUUGUUUUGUAUUUUGAUGUUUUCUAAGGAUUCUAAAUGUAAGUAGGCCCAAAUAGCUCCCGUGUUAAAGAGCUUGGCAUGCAGGCUUUGGGCAAUAUCAAGCAGAAAAAAACCCGAACCAACAGAGAAAAGGGAGGUUAGAAAGGGUAGGGCAGUUUUGGAUGGUUUAAUGCCCUCUAUGAGAAUCAGCCACUUUAAAUUGAAAUUCAAUUUGCCGUGGAUGCCCCCUCACCUCAGCUUGGAGAGACAAUGUGACUGCCUAUACGUGCUACGCCUCAUGAAGCUGUACCCUAAAGCCUGUGACACCAUACAGAAUUUGGCUGCCCUGAGAUUUUACAGAAUAACAGAGGAUUAUACAUAAGGAAGGUUGAAAGCUAAAUGGUAUUAACUCCAAAGUUCUUUGAAUGCCAGCAAAGCAGACACACUUUGAAUGAUUCAACAUCUGUAAAAGGAGAAGUAUUUUUGCACAGAAGGGUAUCAUGACACCAUCACUUAAUCUCUGUAGGUGAUCCUCGCUGCCUGUGAUGCAGUGGAAGAGGGAGACAAGGGAAAUUAAGGAUAUGCAUACUCAUACUAAUGCCAGAUGUUGUUCUUAUUGCUCUUAUACCCUGAAUUACUGACAUUUAUCAGGGCUUGGAAAUACCUGCUUUCUCCUUGCCAGUCCGUAGAGAAAAGGAACUGCUAAUGUUACUUUUUUAGACUGUAGUUGUGAUGAUUUGCCUGAUCAUGUGUAUGUCAAUGUAAAAGUGAAGUCACAUGAUAGUUUGUUUGAGGUAAUGGGUCAUUUCAAUGAUUUUUAUUGUGGGUUUUGUUCACUUUUGCACUUAAUAAAACUUUUAAUUUCCCCUUCUCCA